GGGCCCUUGCGAGAACAUAUACUCUGAAAUGAUAAAUUUUUGUUUAUAAAACAGUUCCUCAGGUACGAUCCAUGAUCCAGCAUAUAGAACUCCGGGAUAAUUAUUUUGCAUAUUUUCCCAAUAUUGUUCGAGUGAAGCAUGGUUCGAGAAGAAUCAGUGACUCUACACGGGAGAGGAUAGUGGGGCACGGUUACCAAGGUAAACAAAUAUGGCGUUCAAUCCAGCGGGAAUAGAAGCUUUGUCUGAACUUUUGAAACCUCCAAAAGACGAUGAUUCAAGCUCUGAUGAUGAAAAUUUCUCGCCAAAGAAAUCUGCUGCUGUAAAUCCUGGAAGCAUUGGGCCUCCAAAGAAACAAGAAAAACUCGGUGGUUCUCAAGUUCUUAACUCUCAACAAGCAGAGAGCAGUGAUAUCUGGAGUGAGGAGGAGAUACCUGAGGGUGGACAAGGAGAUGAUGAGUUAGAUCCAAGACCUGCUCCUGAAUAUGAAAUGAUUUUUAAGCAAGCUGUAACCUCAGAGGAUAUGUAUCUUCAAAUGAGUGGCAGAAAUCCAUCCUCCUCUAGCUGUGAAGAUUUAGUGAUAAAAAUCAAGCUUCCAGACACAGAGUACUCAGAUGUAAAUUUAGAUGUGACAGAUACUUUUCUAGACUGUAGAACACCAAAAUAUAAACUUGGAGUUCACCUGCCACACCCAGUGGACAGUAAAAAUGGCAAAGCACAGUGGGACAAAAGUAAAAACCUACUGACUGUAACUGUUCGACUUGUACGGGAAUAUGACUUCCUCACACAAAGGUGAUCAGAUAGAAUUCUUCUUGAUGUAUUCCUUUAGGACCUUUAAUGCAAGGAAGAGGAGAGCAGCAGCAAACACUGUCUAAGCCACCAUAAACCUGAUCCAGCUUCAGGACAGACAUUUUCACUCUUGAUGGUGUUUGGUUAAGUUUUGCCCUCUACAUUCCUGUUUACUAUCAGCAACAGUUGGAAGGCUGUAAAGGAUACAUCUGCACCUUGAUUUAAAUCUAAUUUCUGGAUUGCUGAUGACUCUACUCAACGUUUAAGAAAGAUUUGGAGGGAAAAUUGAAAGGAUUUACCUUGUCCCUCAAAAAAUUUCACCAUGGAAAUCUUAAAAAUAUAAAGUUGGAACCCAAGGACUGAGUGCUUUGAGUUGAAUGAUGAAUACUUGUACAAUUACACUGAACUGCUAUAAGAUACUAUCACAUUUAUUUUUUUGCUGGAAAUUGUAUUCAAACUUUUGAAAUUAGUGCAAAAUUAAAUAAAUUAUAUUGACUGAACUUUUUGUAGCCAGAGGGAUUCUGCUCUCCCACCCACCAACACCUCACCAAUUCUUUAAAUACUAACCAAGAAAAAAAAAAAUUCUGGUAGUUUUUCAUUAAGAAUAGUACCAGUCUUGGUACAGUAAAGAAAAUAGCAAUGUGGUAAUCAAUAAAACUUUACUUUACUUCCCAUGCUCGCUUAACACCUUAAUUAAUUUGAAGUCAUGCAGGAAACAUAGGCACUUACUCAAGUCUGCCGGAAAAUUACUCCUAAAAUGACUAACACUAAUUUAAAUAAGAGUCGUGUUUAAAUCGAGACUCAAUAGAUAAAGGCAAUGUUAAAGUAACGUUAUUUUGUCCAUCCUACACUGAAACAAAACAAUCAACAAAGUCCUAAGGGAUACUCAAAGUUCUAAGAUGUUGCAGCAUUUCUGUCGAUAUUUCUUCAUCAUGUCUUGAGCAACUGCUCUUAGACUAUCGAAAUAAGUAAUCGUGACGAAGUAAUAGACGUAGGAGGAAAAAAAAA